AUGCCAGAGAAUCGAAUGGCCAGGAUAGCGUUGAGAGAAAAAGACCUCAGGGAAAGCUCAAGAAGACCUGUAAGUUCAGUGUCAAGGAGGCCUUUUACAGAAGGGAUAUUGACUGGAGGAGGAGGCGGCAGAUGGCUCAGGAUCGAGAGUUGUGUAUUCGGCUCUACAAGAAGGCUCCUCACACCGCUCAGGGCUAGAAGAGGAAACGAUUAA